CUUUCCCCUUCUAACCCUAAACACACAGACCGAACUCUCAAUCCGCUGCUGUUGCCUUCCUGCUUCGUGCCCUCGCACCUCCGUCAGCCUCCGACGCGUUCGCCUCUCUGAUGCGUCCACCUCUACUCUGUCGCGUCUGCCUUUGAUCCUCACGUGGGAUUCUUCCUCUCGUCGCGUCCAGCUACUCGCCGAGUUGCUGUCUCUCUCCGUCUCCCCUAUCUCUCCUUUGGGUUUGAGCGAAACAAUGCAAGGUCAUCAUGAUGAUCAUACAAAGGAAAUAGAUGGCUCAAAGAAAAAUUUGAAGACCAACAGCACACCAAAAGAAAGAACUAGCUCAAAAGAAAUCUCAGCUUGAAGCUUACUCAAGAAGCACUUGUGAAGAUAAUGUUUUUGUGUUAAAGCUUGUGUGUUUCAAUUGUUUGGGAGAGGAAAUAAUUGAUGACAACAAUGAUAGUAACAAAUGUUAGAAGAUACAAGUUUCUUUGAUUAUUACAUCCUAGAAGAGUCAAGAAUAUUUUGGUGUACUUGAACUUUUUAAAGUUCUCUGUUAUUGGAUUUAUAAUGCUAUAUAACACUAAUGAAACUCUCAGACCUUGAUAAUGGCAGAUCUCAAAGAGCGGCUACUUCCACCAAAACCUGCAUCAGCUUUAAAUGUAAGAGAGACUGCUAAUCGACCAUCUGCCUCUGGAAGGCUACCUUUUCAAGGUAUGGAUGUUCUUGGGCUAAAGAAGCGAGGUCAAGGUAUCCGAUCAUGGAUUCGUGUUGACACAUCUGGGAACUCCCAAGCAAUUGAAGUAGACAAGUUUACAAUGAUGCGACGUUGUGAUCUACCUGCUCGUGAUCUUCGCCUUCUUGAUCCUCUGUUUGUAUACCCCUCAACGAUCCUUGGUAGAGAAAAGGCUAUUGUUGUAAAUCUAGAGCAGAUACGGUGUAUUAUUACGGCAGAUGAGGUUCUUCUCUUGAAUUCCCUUGAUAGUUAUGUACUGCACUAUGUGAUGGAGCUACAACGACGGUUGACAACUGGGGUAGGUGAGGUCUGGCAGUCGGACGGUUCUGACAUGAGCCGAAGGAGGGGAAGUAGGACUUUUGAAAAUGUCAUUAGCAACACUUCCCCUGAUUAUUUGCCGUUUGAGUUUAGGGCUCUUGAAGUUGCCCUGGAAGCGGCAUGCACAUUUCUUGACUCUCAGGCAGCAGAGUUAGAAAUUGAGGCUUAUCCUUUGCUGGAUGAAUUAACAUCAAAGAUCAGUACUCUUAAUUUAGAACGUGUUCGUCGACUGAAAAGCAGACUUGUUGCACUGACUAGGAGGGUUCAAAAGGUGGUUAGAGAUGAAAUAGAGCAACUUAUGGAUGAUGAUGGUGAUAUGGCCGAAAUGUACCUUACGGAGAAGAAAAGACGGAUGGAGUUAUCAUUUUGUGGAGAUCAGUCGUUGGUUGGAUAUAGGUCUCUUGAUGGUGCAUCUAUUUCUGCCCCCGUUUCUCCUGUUUCAUCACCUCCUGAUUCUCGAAGGCUUGAAAAGAGUUUGAGCAUUGCUAGGAGUCGACAUGAGAGCUCGAGGAGCACUGAGAGUACCACCGAAAGUAUAGAAGAGCUUGAGAUGUUGCUAGAAGCAUACUUUGUUGUCAUUGACAGCACGCUAAACAAGUUGACAUCAUUGAAAGAGUACAUUGAUGAUACGGAAGAUUUUAUCAACAUUCAACUGGAUAACGUGCGUAAUCAGCUUAUCCAGUUUGAGCUUUUGCUCACAACUGCAACAUUUGUUGUUGCCAUCUUUGGUGUGGUGGCAGGAAUCUUUGGGAUGAAUUUUGAAAUCCCAUUAUUUGAUGAACCCACUGCAUUCCAUUGGGUCCUUAUAAUUACAGGAGUUUGUGGAGUCUGCAUAUUUUGUGCAUUUGUUUGGUUCUUCAAGUACAGAAGACUCAUGCCCCUGUAGACUGCAGCAGUAAGCGAAGCUAAGGUAGACCACCAUCUGAAGAAAGAUUAAGCAAUUGCCUCCUUGCCAUUAAUUUUAUGCCUUCAGCAUGAAAUGAUAGAAAUAAAAGGAAAGAGCUGCUCCUAAAAAGUGCAUUCUUUCAAUUCAAUUUUGCAUAAAAUUUUAGGCGAUCGGUAUGAUAUUUCAUUCAGCAAUGUCUGUAAUUUAAGACCGAGUAAAUAGUUGAAUUGUCAUAGCCAAACUUCUUGGUCUCGAAUUCACCAUAUAUAUGUCAGUCAAAUUUAAAUUUAAAUGUUGCGAAGAAAAGCUAGGUGAUGAAAUGGAGCUAGAGCUGUGACGUUGUAUAUAUGAAAUAAUAAUGAUUUUUUAUUUUA